GGGCGUGCUCCACGGCGCUGUCUAUGUCUGUCCGUUUCGGGCGCUAGUCGCCAUUUAGCGCGGAGAAUUAGCCGGGCCGGGCGCAGUGGCUCCUCCCCACUACCCUCGUGAGGGAGACACCCGGGCUCCCCGGCCUGGGCCUUGCGGAGGAGGCGGCUUCGCGGGCGGCCCCGGUGAGAGACCCGCCAGGGGGGUUUCCGGCUCCCCGUGAGGCGCCGGCAGGCAGCGAGGGAGCCGGCCCCGCGGCGAGCGGUUACUUCCUACCGGGAGCAGGCCGAGGUCGCCAUGGGCGCCGUGUGAGGCGAGAGCUCCCCCAGGCUCCGAGGGACCGUGCCGUGCCGGGCCUGCCCUCCCCUCUCGCGGCAGGGGAGUGCGGGGCCUGCGCCCCCGGGGCAGCCGCUUCCCGGCCUGGGCCUGCCCCGCUUCCCACCCGCAGCCCGCGGGGCCAGUCGCUUUUCCUCUCAGAGCAGCUGGUCUGGCCCGCUCCAGGCAGCCAGCGGCUUCUCCUGGCGCGGCACCUGCCUCAGGCUCCUCUCGUCUUCUCCCCCCUAGUCCCGUGUCCCGGCCCCGCUGCUGUCGCUCCAUGUCGGCCCCGCUGCACUGCUCCCCGCUGCAGGAUGGAUGUGGACGCUAAGCAGGGAGCCACCCCGCCGCUGGCCCAGCAGCCGCCGCCAAGCCCCGCUGUGAGGAGCCCUUGGGACCCUCCUCUGUUGCAGCAGCCGGACGCACUCCCCGCUCAGUGACACCUCCCACUCCGCAUCCUGUCAGCAGCGCUACCCCGAGCCCCGCAGCACCAUGUCGGAGGGCUCCGCAGAGAGCAGCAGCCCGGCCCCCCGCUUCCUGGCUCCCCCGCCGCCUCCGCCCAAGAACGGCUCUAGCUCGGACAGCUCCGUGGGGGAGAAGCUUGGAGCCGUCGCUGACCAUGAUGGCUCGGGGGCCGGAGGAGUAGGCGGCGAGGUGGGAGGCGGGGCCCGGGGCGAGGAAUACCGGCGCCGCCGUCACACCAUGGACAAGGACAGUCGUGGGGCUGCAGCCACCGAGCACCGCUUCUUCCGCCGUAGCGUGAUCUGCGACUCCAAUGCUACUGCUCUGGAGCUGCCUAGCUUGCAGCUGGCAGCAGCCCCGGCCGUCGCCACUCCCGGGAGUAUCAUCCCGCUGCUGGGCUCCCCUCCUGAGCCUGCUAGCCAGAUCCCCUGCGUCUCUGCCACCCACGUCCCCUUGCUGUUGCAGCAGCCGUCUCUGUCGCUUCCCCACGAGGAGCAAACCAUACAGGAGCCCCCUGCAGCAGAGGACAUCGCCCCCCUACUGCCCAAAGCAGAGGCAGAGGAAGCCGCCCCCCUACCACAUACUAACACGACAGGUAGUGCAGCCACCGCUAGCCGGGAGCUCCAGGAGGGGCGGAACCGACAGCAAGAGGAUAUCGAGGAGUUAGAAACCAAGGCGGUGGGCUUCUCCCUUGACGGCCGCUUCCUCAAAUUCGAUAUUGAGAUUGGAAGAGGCUCCUUCAAAACUGUCUACAAGGGGCUGGACACGGAGACUACUGUGGAAGUUGCCUGGUGUGAACUGCAGGAUCGUAAGCUGUCAAAGUCAGAGCGGCAGAGAUUUAAAGAGGAAGCUGAAAUGCUAAAAGGGCUCCAGCAUCCUAAUAUUGUUCGGUUCUAUGAUUCCUGGGAGUCUACAGUGAAGGGAAAGAAAUGUAUUGUUCUCGUGACGGAACUCAUGACAUCUGGAACGUUGAAAACGUAUUUGAAAAGGUUUAAAGUGAUGAAAAUCAUACUACGAAGUUGGUGCCGUCAGAUAUUGAAGGGCUUGCAGUUUCUGCACACCCGCACUCCUCCCCUUAUUCACCGCGACCUAAAAUGUGACAAUUUCAUCACUGGCCCCACUGGAUCAGAGAUAGGAGACACUGGGUCUGGCACCCUGAAACGAGCUUCCUUUGCCAGAGUGAUGUUCCUCACUAUUGCCUGUAUCUGCAGUAGGCCUAUAAAAUAUACUGCAGGUACCCCAGAGUUCAUGGCACCCGAGAUGUAUGAGGAGAAAUACGAUGAAUCCGUUGAUGUAUAUGCUUUUGGGAUGUGUAUGCUUGAGAUGGCCACGUCUGAAUAUCCUUAUUCUGAGUGCCAAAAUGCAGCGCAGAUCUACCGUCGAGUGACCAGCGGAGUCAAGCCAGCUAGCUUUGAUAAAGUAGCAAUUCCUGAAGUGAAGGAGAUCAUUGAGGGAUGCAUCCGACAAAACAAAGAUGAAAGAUAUGCUAUCAAGGACCUUUUGAACCACGCCUUCUUCCAGGAAGAGACUGGUGUGCGGGUAGAACUAGCAGAGGAAGAUGAUGGAGAGAAGAUUGCCAUCAAGCUCUGGUUACGAAUUGAGGAUAAAAAGCUAAGGGACAAAUACAAGGACAAUGAGGCAAUAGAGUUUUCCUUUGACUUGGAGAGAGAUGUCCCAGAGGAUGUAGCACAAGAAAUGGUGGAGUCAGGGUAUGUCUGUGAAGGGGAUCACAAGACAAUGGCCAAAGCGAUCAAGGACAGAGUGUCUCUGAUCAAGCGAAAGCGAGAGCAGCGUCAGUUGGUACGAGAAGAGCAGGAGAAAAGAAAGCAGGAAGAAAUCAGUCAGAAGCAGCAGUUGGAGCAGCUGCAAACAAAUGCUACCCAGACAGCGGCAAAGCACCCUCCAUCUGCUGCUGGCAUCACUGCCAUCCCCACUACUUCAGCAUCAGUGUCCACACAAGUAGAGCCUGAAGAGCCAGAGGCUGAUCAGCACCAACAAUUGCAAUAUCAACAGCCCGGCAUAUCUGUUCUGUGUGAAGGAGCUGUUGAAAUGAUUGUCAGUGGCUUUCCACAUUCAUCUCCCGAUAAUACAGAUGAGUUUAGUUCAGAGUUGGAGCCAACAAACUGUGGUCCUAUGGUUCCCAGCAUGAACAGCCUAUCUCAACACUACAAUCCAGGGAUAUACAACUUCAGUUGGCCAAGUGCAGUCUCAACAACAUGGAGGAUAUCAGCCCCCUACAGGCCUCAGUCUCUGGUGCAACCGUGUGGGGGAACACCAACGUUCCCAGAUUCACAGAUAUUUUCCCCAACCAUUCAUGAACGGCCAGUGUCUUUCUCGCCACCACCUGUCUGCCCACCGAAGAUCACCAUUUCUCAGCGGCGCAAGAGUACCUCCUUCUUGGAAGCCCAAACAUGCCACUUCCAGCCCUUGCUGAAAACUGGCCAGAGUUUACUUCUAUCUGGUGGUAGCCCCACAAAUUGGACACCAGAGGCAGUCGUUAUGCUGGGCACUACAGCUCAUAAGGUCACUGGAGAGCCCUUACAUGUGCAAGUCAGUUCAGCACCUCCUGAGGAUGCUCACUAUAGAAUGCCUCAAGAAGCAGUGUACUUAGUGGGCAUGCACUACCAGCCACAGUUGCCAGAGCAUUAUGAUACAGUAGCAUAUAAUUCCUAUGGGACUGAACAGUACUUGAAACAAGUGCCUGAACAGAAGCAUGUGCAAGGUGGCCCUCUUGAGAGCUCUGUUUAUGACUACCAAUCUGGGCAGACCUUCCUGCCAAGACAUCUACAGAGCUUGAGGCUGGAUGCUGGCAUGAGCCCACUUUCACCAUUGUCCAGUGUUUCAUCUCCAUUAAGUGCAGAUUCCACACAGAUGAAAUUUCACCAGGUAUUUGUUCCUCAUUCUGCACCUGCUGUGCUUACUCACAGUGGUGAUGGCAGAACAAGCUGUGUUUUUGAGUUCCAUGUACACACGCCAAAUUCGGCUCCAGGAGAAGGGAGUAUCUUACCCCAACAUAUUUACAGAACCUGCCGGGGGUUGAUGGAUUUUAAUCAGGAGGAGUCCGCUCAGGCAACAGGGUUGCAUGGUCGCCUCCAGCCUGUGACAGAGGAACUGUGUAACUACCUUGUUCCCGAGCUAACAGUGCCCAGAGCGGGAUCUAUCAGACAGAGCUGGCCAGAAGGAAGUCCAGAAUACUCAAGUGAUUCAUCACAGCUGACUUCCUCUGACACUGGUGAUUUCCAGUCUCCUCCCCCAACAGGGGUGUCGUCUACAGCUUUUGGUUCAGACUUCUCGUUGCCCAUUGUCCCAUUGCCUCAGAAGACACAGGUGCAAGGCCAGCCAGCCUCGAGUAGUAUAUCAGUGGGGGUGCCAUGCCAGCCUACACAGCAAAGUCAGCAGAGUGCACAGCAGCUGGCUCCUUCCCAGCAGACAGGACAGUACCAGUUGCAGCAGUCAUCCGUUUCCAGUGGAGCUACCCCAUCACAACCAGUUUCUCAAACUCAGACUCCGCUGGUCAUGCCGAUUCCUCAGGUACCAGCUGGAACUCAGCUUCCUGUUUCCCAAGCAGUGCCGAUCAUCCAAGGCGAACCUCAGUUACCUGUUGCAGCACUUUCUCUCCCUCAACCUUCAGUUGCCCCAACCAUCCCCAUUGGCUCUCAUUUUCUUCCUAUCGGACAGCCCUCAUCAACUUCCCUGCUCCCCCAGUUCUCAGUCUCUCAGCUCCCCAUUGCAACGCCUCAUGUGUCAGUGGCUCAGCCAGGCUUCCAAUCUCUGCCUAUCUCUAUGGCAGCUGGCAUUAACCAGCCACUACUCACUCUGGCCACAUCUUCUACAGCAGCUGCUAUCCCUGUAGGAUCAACCAUUGUCCCUAGCCAGGUUCCAGCUGUUCUACAGUCUGCGGCCCAGCUGCCCAGCCAGGUUCUCCCACAGCUCCUGCAGCCAGCUGUUCAGUCCAUGGGAUUACCAGCCAGCCUUGGACAAGCUGCUGAAGCUGCACUUCCAGCUGGAGAUGCUUUGUAUCAGGGCUUCCCACCUCGGCUGCCACAAUACCCAGGAGACUCAAAUGUUGCUCCCUCCUCUGCUGUGGCCUCUGUUCGCUUACCUUCUGCAGUACUGUCCCCUCCCUUACCCGCUGAUGCACUGGCUCAGCCAGGCUAUCUUGCUGCAAUGGUGCAGCCUUAUGUGGAACAGAACAUUUUAGUUCCUCUGUGCGGUCUAGGACAGGUUCAAGUGCCACAGCCUGCAGUGAGUUUAGCACAGCAGGUCUCAUCUGCGUCUUCACAGCAGGGAGCUUUAGAGAGUACUCAGGGAGCGUCACAGGCUGCUCCUUCAGAAUCUGUACCAUCAGCACAGCAACAGCUUGCACAGACUACCCCAUUGGUCUCCUCACUAGACAGUGCACAUUCUGAUGUUGCUUCGGGCAUGAGUGAUGGGAAUGAGAAUGUGCCAGGAUCUAGUGGGAGACAUGAAGGGAGGACCACCAAACGUCAUUAUCGGAAGUCUGUACGCAGCCGCUCUCGGCACGAGAAGACUGCUAGACCAAAACUGAGAAUUCUCAAUGUUUCGAACAAGGGUGAUCGGGUGGUUGAGUGCCAGCUAGAGACACACAAUCGGAAAAUGGUUACUUUCAAAUUUGACUUGGAUGGUGACAACCCGGAGGAAAUAGCAAUAAUUAUGGUGCAGAAUGAAUUUAUUCUAGCAACUGAGAGAGAUUCAUUUGUAGAGCAGGUACGAGAGAUCAUUGAGAAAGCUGAUGAAAUGCUCAGUGAGGAUGUCAGUGUAGAGCCGGAAGGUGAUCAGGGCUUGGAGAGUAUGCAAACGAAAGAUGACUGCUUCUUUCCAGGGUCCCAGAAAUUGGAGGGAGAGUUCAAACAGCCAGAUCCUGUAUCUUUCAUGCCACAGAGAAUUGGUGUUCCUCCCAGCUCUUUCACCCAAGUUGUCCAUUCUGCUGGAAGACGGUUUAUUGUCAGUCCUGUCCCAGAGAGUCGGUUAAAAGAACAGCAGUUUUUCACAUCUCCUAUUCCUGCAGGAAAGGAACUUUCAGAUAUUGUUGCUUCCUCUCCAUCACAUGGUCCUGGGAUGAACCUGUCUCAUUCUGCAUCAUCACUCAGCCUGCAGCAAGCUUUCUCUGAGAUCAGGCAUGCACAGAUGACAGAAGGACCCAGUACAGCUCCUCCAGUUUUUAACCAAACUAUACCACCAUUUCCACCUGUACUUGCUAACGUGGCUGGGAGUUUACCAUCUACAUCAGUGGCUCCUCUCCCAGCAUCUCCCCCCUCCACCACUAGUAUUUCUCUUCCAGUUGCUCAGUCUGUUCCCCUGCCUACAGAAAAGGUGCCAGCUGGAGUUGCACCAACCACAGAUGUUUCAGGCUCCAGCUCUCCCACAACAUCACAGUCUGGGCACCAAUUAAUUGGUGGAGUGACUUCGAGUAUGAGUGCACCUGCUUCUUUUUCAUUAACUGUUGCCUCGCAGACUGCUCAACCACUGACUGAAGAAGUUGUCCCUAAUAUCAGCGCACCUGCUUCUUCAACAUUGCCACCAGCACAACAGAUUCCUGUCAUGGCUGGCCCCAGUGUUAGUGCACCAAGUGCUGUACCCCCACCUGUGACAUCUCCGCCUACUGAACAGAUUUCAAGUAGUAUGGAGUCUGUGGCAGCUCCGCAAACAUCUGUAGCCCCAAUUUUGGCUCAUAAUGUGACUUCAGAAACUCCUCAGCUCAGCAGCAGUAGCUCCAUCCCCAGUCUGGCAGAAACAGUUGUAAGUGUGCUACACUCAAAGCCUGAGAAUGGACAGUCAGUAGAUAAACCGCAGCUGUGCAGUGCAGCUGGCUUGUCCCUUCCUGUCUCUGCACCAUUGUCCUCUGCAGUGGCAUCAAGUAUAUCUAGUUCAGUCCCUCAGCCUUCUGUGGUGCAUCCUUUACUCAUUCCAUCAGCAGUUGCAUCAACACCUGUCCUACCCCAGGCAGCACCUGCAAUCUCUACCCCCAUAUUACCCCAAGUUCCUUUAUCUGGCAUCCUACCACUGACGCAGCCAGUUGCUAACUUGCCUGCAGUACAGCAGACCUUGAUACACAGUCAACCUCAACUUGCUCCGCUGCCCAAUCAACCUCAUACUCAAUGUCUGGAGGCUGAUGUUGACACUCAACCCAAAGCUCCUGGCAUAGAUGACAUAAAGACCUUGGAAGAAAAGCUACGAUCUCUAUUCAGUGAACAUGGCAAUGUUGGAGCAACACAUCCACCAGUAUCUCUGGAGACAUCACUGGUAAUGGAGACUACAGUCAUGCCUGGCAUACCAACUACUGCUGUUGCCCCAACUAAACCUAUAACCGCCACUACCAGCUCUAGUAUACCACCAGUUAGUUUGCCCCUUGGACCAGCUGGCUUACCAGUGAUGACACCAGUUGCCACACCUGGUCAAGUGGGCAUUCCUGUCACCUAUGUUCCAGCAUCAGGCAGCAUUGCAACAACAGCAGUGAAACCAGUGACCCCUCCCUCAAAGCCACCUCUUAGCAGGGUACCGGUGCUUCCGGUAGGUUUUGAACUUCCAGCUGGCACUCCAUCCAGCGAACAGCUGCCACCCUUUCCAGGACCUUCACUAACUCAGUCCCAGCAGCCUCUAGAAGAUCUGGAUGCUCAGUUGAGAAGAACCCUCAGUCCGGAGACUGUCCCAGCGACCUCUGCUCCUGCCUGUCCUGUGCCAGCAAUGGCUUCUACAGCGGUUACUGGAAUGGCGUCUGCACCAGCACAGCCCCUGAAAGAAGCAUCACAGGAUGCAGAGAGCAGUGCAACAACUACCACUGCAGGAGCUGGAGUUUUUAAGAUGGGACGAUUUCAGGUGUCUGUGGCAGUGGAUAAUGUACUGAGAGAGAGUGACAGUAAACCUGAAGAAACUAAGCCUGUGCAUUUUGAGACAAGCUCCUCUGAUUCAUCUUUGUCUGGCAGCAGUCCAGAGAGUACGGUUGUGAAGCAGACGUCCAAUGGGACAACAGAGGCUACCACCGGUACCUCCUUCGAUGUGACAGAUGUUGUUUCCCAGACAUUUCCUGCCAUACAAUUGCCAUCAGAGGCUGGGCAGCCAACUAAAGUUGGGCGCUUUCAAGUGACGACAACAGACCAAGUGGGUCGUUUUUCUGUGUCCAGAACUCAAGAUGAGGUCACCUGUUUGGAGAGAGAACCCCCAAUGACUCUUCCUCUUUCUGUGGAUUCAGAACCAGUUUCUCCUCCACCUAUGACUCCAAAGAAAGAGGUGCCAGAGUUGAUGGAGCCAAGGCAGUCUCCGCUUAUGAAUGGGCCAUCAUCUGAUCUGGAGGCUGCCUUCCUGAGUGGAGCGGCUCAGGAACUGGAUGAUGGCUCAGGUAGCCCAGACUCUCUCCAACCACUGGGUUCAAAGAUCAGUCUCCCCAUCCAAAGCUUUAGCAACUCAUUGAAUUCUUCCUACAUGAGCAGCGACGAGUCAGAUAUUGAAGAUGAAGACUUGAAAUCAGAGCUACGCCGGUUGCGGGAAAAGCACUAUAAAGAGAUCCAGGAGCUGCACAAUCGCCAGAAGCAGGAAAUUGAAUUGCUGUACACCAAACUGGGAAAGGUCCCCCCUGCAGUAAUCAUCCCCCCAGCUGCUCCUCUCUCAGGGAGGAGGAGGAGACCUACUAAAGGAAAAGGCAGCAAAUCCAGCCGCAGCAGCUCCCAGGGUAAUAAGAGCCCUCAGCUGCUAGGCAACCUGUCUUCUCAGAGUGCCCCCUCAGUGUUGCCCCCCCAGCAGACCCUUCAUCCUCCUGGAAAUGUCCCAGAGACUGGGCAGAACCAUCUGUUACAGCCCCUUAAGCCAUCUCCUUCUAGUGAGAACCUCUACUCUGCCUUCACCAGUGAUGGCGCUGUUUCGGUACCAAGCCUUUCUGCACCAGGCCAAGGGACCAGCAGCACCAACACAGUUGGGGGUACAGUGAACAGCCAGGCACCCCAGUCUCAGCCUCCUGUCAUAACUUCCACCCGGAAAGGGACUUUCACAGAUGACCUGCACAAGUUGGUAGACAACUGGGCCCGUGAUGCUAUGAACCUCUCAGGAAAGAGAGGUGGCAAGGGGCAUAGCAACUAUGAGGGCCCUGGAAUGGCAAGAAAGUUCUCAGCACCAAGCCAGCUAUGUAUUUCUAUGUCAUCCUCCCUGGGUGCUACGCCUCUCUCUGCAGCAUCAGCUACCUCUCUAGGUCACUUCACAAAGGCUCUGUGCCCUCCACAGCAGUACGGUUACCCAGCCGCGCCCUUUGCAGCUCCCUGGAGUGGGACAGGUAGUACAGCACAACCACCCCUUGGUCAAUUCCAGCCUGUAGGAGCUGCCUCUUUACAAAGCUUCAACAUCAGCAACUUGCAGAAAUCCAUCAGCAACCCCCCAGGCUCCAACCUGCGGACCACUUAGCCGGGCCCAGAGACUGCUGGGUAGAACUUGGGACAGGAGAUGGGGAGGGAGUUAAGGCUACUAGUGCUGCACUGAACUGGCAAUUUCUGCCAGAAUGGGAAUGAGCUUCCCUUUUCCAACCAUUGCUGUCAGCUCUCAGUAAGGAGAGAUUCCCUAUGUCUGAAGGGGGAGGAGGGUGAUGAGCGUGAACACUCCUGCUCUUGUAUAAGAUGAGCAAUGAAGAUAGAAGUCACUGGAUCAAUGUGAUUUCACUGUAAAAGUACUUCUGUUUGAGUCUGAAUCCACAUGUGCAGAGAUGGAGAGUUUAGUCUUAGCAUGAGGUUUUAACACACUUCUCAUCUUCCCUGAAGAAUCAAGGCCAGGAGAGAAGCUGUCCAAAUCUCUCUCCUCUCCCCAAACAAUCAUCCUUACCUCCUGAGUGAUAAGGCACACAAAUGGACUUGCAGUGCAGCCCAUGCUUGAGAGAGAGGUCAUUACUGCUUUAAGUAAAAGAUAUUAACAGCUUUGACUGCAGCAUUAGAGCAAUUUAAAUUGUUUAAAAAUAAUUUUUAAAAAGUUCCCUGCGGACAUGUACUUACCAUCAGUUUUGAUGUGGAAACACUGUGAUAUAUAAAUGUUGUUGGACAACAGUAGUUUAAAAAUGAGUGGAAAAUAGAGGGUUAAAAAAAGUUAAAAAGAAAAAAUGGAAAAAAAGCUAGCUAUAUCCUAUACUUAUUGGAGACACUUUAACUUUUUCCUUUGUAUUUUCAUUGUAUUAGAUAAAUGUGAAUGUAAAAUUGUAUAAAUUAAUGUACUUGAAUACUUGUCUGUUCUCCCAGUAUGCUUGCUGGAUAUUUUAGUGCCUUGGACUUUUAUUGCUUCUGCAGUUAGCAUCGCUUUCUCAGCAGAUCCCAGCUGGUCAGAGAGCAAGUUAAGGGAAGAAUGGACUAUUUUGUACCUAGUGACUGAGAUACCAAAGGGUUAACUAAGUAUACUCAUACUGUAACUUAGAUAGGGUAGGUGCUGGAAGGAGGGAGAGCCAUUGAGGCUAUAGGUUGGAACAGAGCUUUGGGUGGUGGGGAAACCUGUCCAUGUUGACAGAGUAAGAAGUUGAUGGCACAGUGCUAGUGUAACAAGGGGUGAUAGGCAGAAGUGAUGGAGGGGAAAGAGGAAGCUGAAGUGAAACUAACAAAUAUUGCCUAGAGCCUUAAGAGAGCUGGAUCAGAACAGAGGAUGGGAAGAAAGUGCAUAUUUUGGAGUUCAGCUUUAAAGGUGUUUUGACUAUUAAGCUGUGAUAUGGAAAGUGGCUAGGUGAGGGUGUGUAUGGAGGUGGAGCCAUUACCCUUAGGGGGAUGGAGUUAUCUGCUGGGAUUGCGUUUCUUACCUUUUUUUAUCCAUUCGUGCUAGGAGUAGACUUUCCUGGUGCAAUGUCCAUUGCCGGCAAUGGAUGCACUCGAAACAGCCGGCAUCAAGGAAUUCCCUGUUUUAAGCAUGCAGAGGACUUAUGAUUUUGUUCACUCUAAAGAAUUCAAACUGGUACCAGGACCAUAACUAACUGUGCCAUCUUUUAGUAGCUGUAUUGUACCUUCUAUUGCUCAACUCAUUUUCACUUUUUCAUACUGAAAAAUACUGGUUCCCUGUUCGAUGUAAUAAUACUGCAACCAACCAGUAUUACUUUGUAGUGCUGCAACAAGCUGUGAAGGGUCAAAGUACUGCUUCCUGCUACUUGGGAGUAGCUCCGUGGUGUCCUGGAAGUCCCUGCACCAAGGAAACCUUACAUGAAUUUUCUGUGAGCACUGCUCCCUUGUGGGGGGGUCUUACUAGGGAAUUUAUACUUUCUGUGGAUGUUUUGCUCUUGUCUCUUAAACAGAUCCUGUGCAUUUGUUUUUCUUUCCCUUUACCUGGUUUUGAUGUUUACAGCAGCUUUGUCAGCCAGGAUACCACUGGCAUGUAUAGGCUGGAAAUGAAGAGUCUGUGGGUGGAGGCUAGUGGCAAGGUGGUUGGGUUCUAACAGUUGCUCAGUAGAUUUUUUUUUAUUUAAAUUCUUGGUAAAUAACACAGGCACUGUAGAACCAUAGAAUGAGAGAAAAGGUCUCACCGUUGUGUAUGUGUGGUUGGAAGAGGAAGAGAAAAUGUCUGCUGGUAAAAUUUAAUCAGAAAGCCUCUGCUUUCUGGUUAAAAUGACUGGAGAGGAGGCUCCUGAAUACACCAAGUAUGGGUAGGGAAAACAGUGCUCUCUGUAAUGGAGUAAUUAUACGGCUGAAGCAGUAACAGGAGUGGGGCAACACUUCGUGGCAGAAGAACUGAUCAGCUGAAUGCAGCACAUGGUUAUUUAAUUAUUUUGAUUUAAUAAGUUUGAGGUCGUUUUUUCACUUAACGUUAUGCAAGAACUGGUUUUAUUUACCAUUGAUUUCCCUCCUGUGGAUGAAAUAACUGAAGUCUAGAGGAAUAAACUAAUGCUACUGAACUGUUAAAUUAUUUUGUGUUAAUAUUACACUUUGAGUACCUUUUUUCCACAUAAAAUCUGUUUCUGAAUUACAAAUGUUUUCUUUACAUUAUUUAACGAUGUACACUGUAAAAAAACAAAUACACACAAAUAAAAUGAAUUCAAACUUUGGGCUUCCGUAGCCGUAGUUAAUUGUAUGUUUUGCACUAAAUCCAGGCAUUGCGCUUCUUGUAGGAUUGCGCUUUGUGCUGCAGUUUGUUACCUUUGUAGAAUAUUUAAUGAAAUCAUUCAAAUAAACCAAACCUGCUUUUGUUGAA